CAAAAUACCCGAAGUAAUAUAUCCAACCUAGCGCAGGGCUUUCAAACGCCUUGCACAAGCGUCCGUUGGUCAUGCUUGACCUUUACGCUUGCCAAUUUUCCUAGGCGCUUAAAUACCAGUUGCAGCCCCACAAAUUUUGACAACUAAAGGGGUUAUUGCAGCCGUCUUCCAGGAAGAUAUAUCAGCGUAAGCACCAGAAGUGCCGACAGCAGUAAGGUUCUGGGUCAUCAAGUAUUGCGGCAAUCAUUGCUGUAGGUCAUCGGCCGGUGUUGGAGUUCAAGCUAACACCUCGAGCUUACAGUUUGGGUGUGUCAGAUCAGCCACAACGCCUACUAUUAUCAUCCAAGCAGUGUACACGGAAGCGCGAGCUGUGGGAAUCUCUACGGCAUGCAUGGUUCCAUUGAUGAGCUGGUCGGCGCCGCCAGCGAGCCGCAGCAGCACCUGCGUGUGACGCAUCUGGGCCACCGGGGCGCACGCGGCGGCCUUCCUCACGGUUACAGCGUGCCAGACGCCAUCACAGGCACCGCCAGCCGUGGUGCAGUCAGCCUCCACCGCAGGAAUGUCAGCCUUCCGGACGGACGCAUUCCCAACUUGCGCCUACCUGUGACUGAUGCUGACGGAGGACCUGUGACCGCUUCUACAGCUGCUCAUGCUGCUGCCGGCUCCGAGCUGCUCCGUCCUGGUAGGCGUGUUUCAGGCCACGUAGGGCUCGACAGCCGCAGGAGCGGUGCGGGGCUGCCGGGUGAGCUGGGCCGGGAGGCCCUUUUUGCCGACCUGGGCAGCAGCAACCCUGCAGGGGCUCCUCUUGCUGCUGCUGCUGCUGCCGGGGCCGCUGGCAGCAGCCGGCGGCAGUCCAACAACAGCCGCUGGUUGGGCGCAGGAGGCGGCAGAGAGGUAGAACUGGCGGACCUGGGUCACCUGGGGGCCGCCGGUGUUGCUGCCGCCGGUGUUGGUGGUGGCAAUGUCAGCAUUAGAGCAUUGCUUCGCAGCCCUGCUGGCGAGAUGAACGACUGGGCAACAAGACAGAUCGCUGCUGCGGCGGGUAGCGGGCGAGUCCAUGGCAAGUCGGCAGAGGGCUCAUUGUACGGCAGUCGCGGGCUGCGGCCAACUGAAGAGGAGCUGCUGCUGCUGCAGCAGCAGCAGGCUGAGCGGCCGCUGAUGGCGGAGGAGCUGUGGGGCGAUGCUGCAGCAGCAGCUGCUGCUGCUAAUAACAAUGAUGAUGACAACGAGGAGCAGCUCGACCAAGAAGUGGAGGUGUUGCAGCAUGAGCCUGGCGGGAAUGCGCUUCAGUACCCUCUGCCACCGUUAUCUGCAGCACAGCAGCAGCAGCUACGACGACCACCUCCGCCGCAGAGGCACAGGCUCGUUCCGUUGUACGACAGCUCUUCCGGGCGAAUGUACGGCAGCUACCCGGUGACGCUGGCAUACCCCCUUGCUGACGCUGAUGCUGUUGAUGACGAUGACGCUGAUGCUGCUGACGUCAUGCACCUCCAGGCGCAUGGCCGGCCGUCGUACGGUGGCGUGCCUUCUCGGCUGGCUGCGCGCCUGCCGCCCUCCACCGCACUGGAGGAUCAGCAGCAGCAGCAGCAGCGCAUGCGAAGUACCCGCCAUCGCACGACGGAUCCCUACCUCCGCCCUGCACCGCGACAUAGCUAUCAUCAUCAACAGCAGCAGCAGCAGCUGGGAGGUGAGGUGCUGCUGGACGCCGCAGGCCUGCAUGGAGAC